AGGUUUAUCUUUAAAUUAUGGUUGCAGCAGGUAGUUGAGUUCAACCCGAUAUCUUGUUUAUUAAUAAGACUGCGUCCAUGCAAACCCGGAAGUGGGUGUAACAGCAACUCUUGCUUCGGUGCCUUCUUCUUUUCCUCAUGAACCCAUAGCAGUGUCGUGAACAUCAGAGGUUUCCUGUUGAGGCGUGAAAUUACACGAUAUAAUGCUGUUCUCCCGAAGAUCAAUGUCUGCAAAUGUGAAGACUGACGAAUAAAGGAAUAUUUGAUCCAUUAUGGGGAACACACCAUCCAAGAGUGGCAGUGGAGAGGAGCCAGUCAAAACAACUUUGUUUGAAAAGGAGCCAAGUGGAAUAACAUACAGAAUCCCUGCUCUCAUUUAUCUGAGGCACUGUCACACAUUCCUCGCAUUUGCAGAAAAGAGAUCCUCACCUUGUGACCAUGAUGCCAAAAUGCUUGUCAUGAGAAGAGGAACUCUGAAAGAUGACGGAUCUGUUCAGUGGUCAACUAGUCAGGAGGUGUCUACAGCUUGUCUACCAGACCACCGCACCAUGAAUCCCUGCCCUGUGUAUGAAAAAAACAGCAGAACCCUGUUCUUAUUUUUCAUCUGUAUCUGGAGGAACACCACAGAGGCGCGGCAGAUCUUAACAGGUAAGAACAAGGCUCGUCUUUGCUGUAUUAGCAGCAAUGAUGACGGUCAAACCUGGACUCAAGCGAGAGACUUGACAGAAAGUGUAGUCGGGGACACUAUCCAUAAGUGGGCCACCUUCGCUGUGGGUCCAGGGCACGGUGUUCAACUGGAGAACGGCAGAUUGAUCAUCCCAGCCUACGCCUAUUAUGUCCCUUACAGAUGUUGUUCCUUCCCCAUUCCCUUCACGGUCUACCCCCGAGCUUUGUCUAUUUAUAGUGAGGACUUUGGACAGACAUGGCGUAUAGGUAAGAUGCUUCGAAAAAAGUCUUGUGAGUGUGAAAUGGCUGAAAUCAUCGAUCACGAGGGCAGGAGUCACCUUUACUGUAACGCUCGUAACACUGGAGGGCACAGGUGUGAGGCCCUGAGUGAAAACAGCGGUGUGUAUUUUGACAAACCACACAUGGCUCCAGAGCUGGUCGAACCACCUUCAGGAUGUCAGGGCAGCGUCAUCGGCUUCCCUGCUCCUGAGUUCGUCCCCAAUGACGACGCUGAAAGCAAAGCAUGCGGCACAUCUCUCUUGUCUCCAGACACACAAACCUGGCUCCUCUUCAUCCACCCGACCAACAAGUCCGGCAGAAGAGACAUGGGCGUGUAUUUGAACCGAUCCCCCUUGCACUCAUCAGGGUGGGACAGACCUCGGAUCAUCCACAGGGGACCGAGCGGCUACUCCGACCUGGCCUACAACGGGGACAAGGAUCAGUUCUCGUGCCUGAUGGAGUGCGGGAAUGAAAGCGAACUUGAACAGAUUGCGUUUAUGUCAUUCACCCUCAACGAUGUCAUGCAGACGGGAAGUAAGAAAGACAAGAAGAUGCGCUGAUUUGUGAUUGCUUUAAUUCCUGUGUUUAACAAAGCUCUAACGUUCUCCUGCAACCCUAAAAAUCCAAGCGGAAGCCACUAAAUAUGCCGUGCAGUAACAUCUGUCUGUGUUUACUGUUGUUCUACAUUCUGGAGAUGAUAAUGCAUGCUUGAGUCGUGUGUUUUGUAGUCUCCUCGUUUACAUGAUGAAAAGGUAAUUCAAGUCUUACUAGUAUUAAUAUGCAAGCAGCUGGGAAAGGAAGGAAACUAUUUUUAAUAGGUUAAGAGGCAGAUUUCAAACAUGCUGUGCUGAACUGUCAUCUUUUUAACAGGCUUUGUAUGUGUGCGCGCGUGUGUGUUUGACAAGCUCUUCAUACCCAUUUCUGCUCCUUAUUAAGCCGUCAGUGUUUUCUGAGCAGUGGAGAGAAUUUGCCUACCUCCUUUUUAUUUUCAUACGAAGAUCAUAGCCGGCCUUGUAACGUAGAGCAUAGAGCACUCUGUCCUUUACAUUUAGUAUAACUGAUUCACAUAUGCCUUCGACUCCACUGUUUAGACUCAAGCUGUGCCGCAGAGCGUUUCUGUCCGUGCCACAAAGUUGGCGACAGAACCGGACAGAAAUUGAAUCAUUAAUUUGUACUCACCACUCCAGCUAAUCGAUGAAAGAGACCAGCCAAACUGUACCACACCUUUUUGAGUUUUGAACACGCUUUGGAGAGAUUACUGUCCUCAAGCUCCGUCUGUCUAGAGCAUUUAAGCUACUUUGUACUGUACACUGGUUUUAAGACAUUCAUUUUAAAAGCAAUAUUUUACUUUGUGAUAUUAUUUCCUGAUUUAUGUUCCGUUUUCCUCCUCACUUAUCAUUUUCUUAACAGGCUUUUUUUCUUUGGCGUUUCGAAUGAACUGCUCAUUAUGACCAGGUAUGAUGGGCUGGCUAGUUGGUUAUUUAAUGAAAGCAUGUAACAGCAUGUAAUUACAGAUGAAGAUAUACUAUUUAUAAAGCCAUUAGGAAUUUGUACACACUGCUGACCGACUUAGAAAUCCUUCUUUGCCUAAACUGUGAGGUUGAGAUGGUUCUACACUAGUUUCAUUGUGUUUUUGUUGACUGUUGUGGAAAGUGACAAAACCUGCAUGAAACAUGUAUUUUAGUAGAAAAUAAAAGUAACGUGUGAUCACCUGA